GUUUCCCUUAUUUUUAAAGUUGCCUUGAUCAAAAACCUUUAGGAAUCCUUAGAUCAUGACAGACAAUCUGCAAUAUGCAUACAUAAAGGAUGUAAAACCAUCACAGAAGAACCUCAAUGUCAUCUUCAUUGUGUUAGAAGUUGGUGCUGCCACAAGAACAAAGGACAACCACACAGUACGGUCAUGCAAGGUUGCGGACAAAACGGGAAGCAUCAACAUCUCAAUCUGGGACGAAAUAGGAGAGCUGGUCUGCUCCGGUGACAUCUGCAAGCUUGUAAAGGGAUAUACAAAUAUUUUCAAGAAUUGUUUGACACUCUAUGCUGGCAAGAAUGGUGGAAUAACCAAAAUUGGAGAGUUUUGUCUACAGUUCACUGAAACCCCAAAUAUGAGCGAACCAAAUCCAGAUUAUGCCAAUCCUGUCAAAAACAAAGAGGAGCAGGCCAACCAAAGGAAGUCACCUACAGAGUUAGAUGGGAGUGGGGGCAACCCCCUCUCUCAGUUGAACAACCCUGGGGGUCGAGGGUCACCCCCAGUCAGACCAGGGCCUGGACAGCAGCCAAACAGAAACAUGGGUAAUGGUCAAAAUUUUAAUCAGAACAGACAGCAGAGACCUAGUGGCCAAUCAGGUCAAGGUCAGAGGUCAAAUUACAGCCCCAACAUUGGCAGGGGUCAGCAAGGUUUUCAAGGCAAUGUACCACAAGGUCGAGGUCAAGGUCGCCAACAAGGUCAAGGUCAAAAUACACAGAACAGAGGUGGAAGAAGAUAGCAUUAUGAGAGAUGGACAGUUUGCUAAACACCACUGGUGAACUAAUAGAAGUAAAACAUAUUAGUAAAUGACACAAUGCGGAACCACCCUGAUAUAAAUUUUCAUAACUGUAAAACACACUGAGGGUUGUAAAAGAUACAUGAUAACUCUGGGAAAACAAAUGUACCAGUACAUGGAUUAAGAUUCAAUAUACUAUCUUGUUCAACAAGGGAGAGUUUUAUUGAGAGCGAGUUGUAAUUCCUUUCAACCCCUGAUUAAUUGGCAGUUCAUUUUGUAUUUGAAUCUUGAUGAGAUGUAAAGAUGACAUGUCAUAAUUUACAUACAAGGAAGAGCAUCUGUACAAACAUACAUGCUGAUAAAACACUUAGAAUUGAUGGUUGAUAUUCAUUUCAAUCUUAACAGUAGUUGAACUGCAAUUCAUGAAAUUUUGCACAAUCAAAUGCAUAACAAAAAUAUAUUUUCUUUAUUGAUUAUUUUUUAUUGUAAAUUUUUUUAGUAAGUUGGUAUUCAAGGUUAAGUCAGAAUAGAAAAAAUGAAAUAAAAUGUUCACUUUGGUAUUAGUUGUGUAAUUUUUUAUAGAUUUGUAAUAGGCAGUUGAUGAAAUCCCUUUCUACUAACAUUAUAAGCUUAUGUUUAAAACAAAGAGUUAAGAUAUUGAUCGAGUUAUGCAUGUUUUUCAACAUAAAAACAAAGACGAGCAUUGCCUUUGCUCAGCAGUUCUCCUUUUUAUCUUACAUUAUUAAUUAUGACAUUGUAAAUAUUGAUGUUGUAUUGGUGCAUAUUUUGUAAAUAAAACACUUCAGUAUU